CAAUCCAUUCUCAUGGAAUGUUUCAAAGAGGGACUCCAUGGUACGAUGGGGUACCAGGCCAAACCCAAUGUGAGAUACCAAAUAAUUAUACGUUUACUUACAAUUUCACGGUUCCCGAUCAAGCCGGCACUUACUGGUACCAUUCGCACGCGUUAACUCAAUACGUUGAUGGAAUCGUUGGCGCUUUAAGUUAUCUCGAAUAUGUCACAACCUCCAAUC